AUGGAUUCUCCUAUCCAAUUUUAUCUUGUGCUUUUUAUGGUCACUUUCGCAGCAGUUUUAAGUCCUACCGUUGCAAAGCUGACUCCUAAUUAUUAUGACAGAAUUUGCCCUAAGGCACUGCCAAUCAUAAAAUCAGUCGUUAAGCAAGCAAUUUAUCGCGAGCCACGAAUUGGAGCAUCAUUGCUGCGUUUGCAUUUCCACGAUUGCUUCGUCAAUGGAUGUGAUGCAUCAGUUCUACUUGAUGACACACCUACCUUCCGUGGUGAGAAGACUGCACUUCCAAAUAUCAAUUCAAUUCGAGGUUUUGAAGUUGUUGAUCAAAUUAAAGCUGCAGUUACCAAAGCUUGCAGACGCGAUGUCGUCUCAUGCGCAGAUAUUUUAGCUAUAGCUGCUCGAGAUUCUGUAGCUAUAUUGGGUGGUAACCAAUAUUGGUACCAAGUGUUAUUAGGAAGAAGAGAUGCAAGAACUGCAAGCUGGGAUGCAGCAAAUGCAAAUCUUCCACCUCCAUUUUUCAACUUCUCACAACUCAUCACAAAUUUCAAUUCUCAUGGACUAAACCUUAAGGACUUAGUCGUUCUAUCUGGUGGCCACACUAUUGGAUUUGCCAAAUGCGCUACUUUUAGAGACAGGAUCUUCAAUGACACCAACAUAGACACCACUUUUGCAGCCAAUUUACAGAAAACAUGUCCUCGAAUCGGCGGCGACAACAACUUAGCACCUUUUGAUUCUACUCCAAAAAAAGUUGACACAGAAUACUACAAGGCUUUGUUGUACAAAAAGGGUCUCCUUCAUUCUGAUCAAGAGCUUUUCAAAGGUGAUGGUUCUCAAAGUGAUAGGUUGGUGCAGCUAUAUAGCAAAAAUUCUUAUGCUUUUGCUGAAGAUUUUGGAGUUUCUAUGAUCAAGAUGGGUAACUUGAAGCCUCUUACUGGGAAAAAUGGUGAGAUAAGGUGCAAUUGCAGAAAAGUUAACUACUCCUGA